AUGAAGCAGCAGCGCAAUGCUGCGGCAGACCAAGGCUCAUGGCUGACCAGAUGGCGCUGGGGAUGCUGGCUUGGCGUUUGCCUGACGGCGUCCUUAUUGCCUGUGAAUGAUGUCGCCUUCGCUAUGAAAGCCCUGGUGCGAAAGCUUCGUGACCGGAAGAGCACGCAACAACAGGCCAGUGAUGCAGCCGCGAAGCUGCGCGAUGAGCACUUGAUACAAGAGCCGGGCGACUAUCGCAUGGUGCUCAACACCCUGAAUAAGCGAUCGCUUUGGAAAGAUGCCCUCAGCAUUUGGGAUGAGAUGCGUUGGAUCGGCAGUGAGCUCGAAGAGCAGGACUUUGUCCUGGCGAUGAGUGCCUGCGCCAGAGGCGAGCAUUGGCAGGAAGCAGUUCAGCUGUUGGCGGAGCUGCUGGGCAAGCAGCCCCCACAUCUCUCCCAAGGUCGGCACCGCGAGAAUCUUCAGGCCGACUUACGUGCAUACACAGCUGCGAUCAACAGCUGCAAAGCUGCUGGCGCCUGGCAGAUGGCUGUGCAGAUCUUGCAAGACAUGGAGGACGUCGCAGUUGCUCCAGACGUGAUGACCUACAACACUGUCAUGUCUGCAUGCGAGAAGGGCCGCGACUAUGAUGCGGCCCAGCGAGUCAUGUCCGAAAUGCAGAGAUGGGACAUGCCUCCGGACAGAGUCACCUAUGGCACGAUCAUUGCGGCCUGUGGCUGGGGCAAGCAGUGGAAAUUGGCCGUGGACUACCUCCGAGAGGCACAAGGUUCUUACUUUGGCUUCGACAUUUAUGCCUGCACAGCUGCCAUCAGUGCCUGUGCGAAGGCUACCCAGUGGGAGCUGUCCCUUUCUAUAUUGGGGGAGGAUGCGACGCGGGUCAAGGGUCCGACCAUCAGGACCUACAACGCCGCCCUGAGUGCCUGCGCGGCCGCAGGGAAGUUGGAGAUGGCUCUGAUACUCAUGGAGGAGAUGCAGGUCAAUGAGCUGAUCCCGAACUUGAUGACCUACAGAUAUGUCGCCCAGUCCUGCGAGGACUCUGGCCAGUGGGAGCUUGCCCUGGAUCUCAUGGCAGAGAUGAAGAGCAUGGAUUUUGAGCCAAAGCAGCUCAUUUUUGGCUCUGUCGCUGCAGCUUGCAGAAGCGCCGGUCUGGAAGAACUGGCGAAGGCUUACGACUGGAACGGUGACGGUUCCAGCUGA